GGCGGCGUCUUUACGGCGGCGUGCGUGUCUCGUUUUCUACAGAGGAAGGCGCCGCUGCCGCGAGCGAGACGUUUUGUUUUUUUUUUUUGGAGAAAAAAAAAAGAAAGAAAAGAUAAUAACAGAUCGAUAUAUACUAUUCAAUCGAUACCCGUAUCGAUUGGAAAGAGAAGGGGAUCGCGAACAAGAGCUUUCCCUUCCCCCCCCCCCCAAAAAAAAAAAAAAUUAAUAAAUCACUUGUGGAAAGUUUGUUAUUGUCACGUGACCCGGGAGCUUAGCCUUUAAAGUUUUGUUUUGUUAGCUUUUUAUUAUUAUUAUUAUUUUUUUUUUUUUUUUUUUUUUUUUUUCACUUUAUUGUCAUUUUUAAUUAAACAUGCCGCAGCCGAAGCACAGAAAGAUCGCGGUUUUGGGUUAUCGAUCCGUAGGAAAAUCCUCUCUAACUAUCCAGUUCGUGGAAGGACAGUUUGUAGAUUCCUAUGACCCCACCAUUGAGAAUACCUUUAAUAAAAUGGUCUCGGUGAACGGACAGGAUUUUAACCUGCAGUUAGUGGACACCGCGGGCCAGGACGAGUAUUCGAUCUUCCCUCAGUCCCACUCUAUGGAUCUUCACGGCUAUGUGCUCGUAUACUCUGUAACGUCAAUGAAAAGUUUCGAGGUGAUUCAGGUUCUCCAUGAUAAGCUGCUGGACAUGGUUGGGAAAGUACAAGUGCCGACUGUUCUGGUUGGAAAUAAAAAGGAUCUUCAUAUGGAGAGGGUGAUUAAACCAGAGGAAGGGAAGAAGCUGGCAGAUUCCUGGGGAGCGGCCUUCAUGGAAUCAUCGGCCAAAGAGAACCAGACGGCGGUCGAGGUGUUCAAGCGGAUCGUCCUGGAGAUGGAGAAGGCAGACGGGAAUGCGCCGUCAGAGGAAAAGAAGUGCGCCGUGAUGUAGCGACCCAGAGAGCCAGCCAGCCAAUCCCGGCUCAGCCCAGACAAUCCGGACUCAUUUACCAGAAGAGACAGCCAAUCCCGGCGCAGCCCACAUCAAGAGCUAAACCAAUCUCAACUCACACCAGAUGACAAAUGUUUGUAUAUAAACAGGUAGCCAAGCUGCAGCAGACUCCCAUCGCACUUGGUCCAGCAGAAACAGCGGUCGUGUAUUGAUAGGGCCGUGGUGAGUGGCUUUGCCCCAGAGAUACAUAGAGGAGGUGGAGGGAAGCAUUACUGUGGGUUGGGGAUAGGGUGAGGGGAAGGAGUGGUGGUGUAAUACUUAACCCUUUAAAGUACCAAAUACAUUUUUCAGAACACAAACUGCAUUCACGUAAUCUAGAAACAUUUAGACUUUUGUGGUUGAUCAAAAUUAGAGUAAGUUAUCAUAGCAAUAUAGUUCGAGAGAAAAUUAAAAUGCUCCAAAUAAUUACGAAGUAGCGUGUCCUCAAAGAAGGGCACUUAUCGUGUUCAUGUAGGGUAGAGGGAUAGGGUUCUGUAGGCAAUCUGAGGGAGGGAUACAGCCCUAGAGAUAAUACUAUACAGGCUAGGUAGCCAAGGGGACAAUAAUUUACAUUUUACCAAAGUUGAAAUAUUAAUAAUACCCUAAAAAAAAAAAACACCUUUUUUAAAUUUGAAUUUGUUGUAAUAGUUUUUGCCGACUGUGAGAAACGUAUUCAUUGUGCCGAACUCUUUCCAAAAUCUACAUCAAUCUACAUUUACAGCAGCGCUUAUAAGUUUAGGCCUCCCAUUCCGAUCAUUCAUUUAGCUUUGUGAAUGCACUGUUACUAAUACAUUGCAGGCAUUGUUGGCUUAGUUCUGUACCAUUAGCAUUGGUUUUAAACGUAGCAUGCUGGUAAAUGCUUUGUGAAUAUUCCCCUGAACUUUGAAAUAACUUUUUGGAUUUACCACAGCUCCUUUUUUAGAUGACUUGUCACACCACGCACAAGAUUUGUGCAGCAGUCUGGAGAUAUAUUGUGCCUCUGUUCUUAACAGAUUGGUUUCAGCUGAUCAAUACUGUUUUCUUUUCACCUGCAACCAGCAGAGCUUGAUUAGAUUCGGAACUGGUGAUAGUCUGGGCUGAGGACCAAGAACCAUGAUGUUUCAAAAUCAACUUUAAUUACAUGCCUGUCGGGGGGGGGGG